AUGGCGAACAUAUUGGCGAUAUAUAUAGAUAAGCUAAUCUCCAACUCUCAGAGUGCAUUCAUUAAAAGGAGAUGCAUCCAGGAAAACUUCUUGUAUGUCAGGAGGCUCGCGCGUCACUACCACCGCACAAAAACACCUGCCUGCCUCAUCAAACUUGACAUAACCAAAGCAUUUGACUCGGUAUCUUGGGAAUACCUGAUCGAGCUGCUUGCCAGAAGAGGAUUUCCGACAAGAUGGCUUGACUGGCUGGCAGCGAUCCUCAGAACAUCGUCCUCGGUAGUACUACUCAAUGGUUGUCCAGGUGAUAGCAUCAUGCACCGGAGAGGCCUCAGGCAGGGUGAUCCAUUGUCACCCUACCUGUUCAUACUGGCAAUCGAUGUACUUAAUAACAUCUUCGACAUCGCCACGCAGCAAGGCUUCCUAUCAAAACUAAAAGGUAGACAUGCAAGCCUCCGAAUAUCAAUGUAUGCUGAUGACGCUGUAAUCUUCAGCAACCCAAGACGACAAGACAUUACCUGCAUCAUGGAGAUUAUGAAUGCUUUUGGUGCAGCCACGGGAUUACAAUUAAAUAUGGAGAAGAGCAUUGUGGCCCCGAUCAGAUGUGUGGGCCUAGAUAUGGAAGAGAUACUGCAAGAUUUCCUUGGGCCAAGAGUAAACUUUCCUAUGCAAUACUUAGGACUACCUCUCACACUUGGAAGGUUAAGAAUGGUGCACCUGCAGUACAUCCAAGAUAGAGCUAAAGGGAGGGUGGCUGGAUGGCAAGGGCGCCUGCUGAAUGUUGCUGGCCGUAGGGAGUUGGUGUGCUCUGUGCUUAGCUCCCUCCCGAUAUACCUGCUGACGGUGGUGAAGGCACCCAAAAACUUCUUGAAAGAACUUGACAAACUGUGUAGAAGAUUCUUGUGGGCUGGCGACAAGGAGCUUACUAGAGGGAAAUGCAAGGUUGCAUGGAUGAAAGUAUGCACGCCAACAGUCAACGGUGCCCUAGGCAUCAUUGAACUUGAAAAGUUCGAUUCGUGCCUCACGGACCCGGUGGCUCUUGGUUUUCAUGGGACGACAGAUAAACCCGGAAAGGAAUGGAGCUAUCGAUUGACAAUAAUGACAUUGCACUCUUCAAUCUUUGCUACAAGUGUGGUAUUAGGAAAUGGGAACAAGGCUAAGUUCGGUUCUCUCAUUGGCUAG